AUGUCCACGAAUUUACCGAAUUCCUGCUUAGUACAAAUCGCAUUAACUGUUUCAACUCAUUCGGGUCCACAAUUAAUUUAUCAUUAUCCACCAAGCAACUAUGCUACUGCGACCAAUUCGAAGAAGACGCAUCACCCAGAUAUCAAGAAAAGAUACGAGUAUACGGACUCUGAAAACAAUUCGUCUUCAGAUGACUACUCUUCAGGUUUGAGUGAUAGCGAGUUGUCGACUGACUAUGCAGAUUGUUCAUCUGAUGCAUCAGAAUCAUCGUUAGACUCCCUUCCACAAUCAAAUCAUGAGGAUACUGUAAACAGCAGUACAAACAAUACAUUUAUCAAUAAUGGUCUACGAUCUCGUCAAUCUCAGAUUAGUGCGAAUAAACUCUUUCAAGUGCUAAAUCAGAAUAAUAACAAUGUUGCAAUCAAUGGCGAAAACUCGUUGAGGGAAUCGUUGCACUCGAUUAGAACAUCGACUAAUAUGUCUAGUACGACUGAUCCGAGACCAGAAGAUGAAUUGGAUGCAGUAGAUGAAGAGUUGAAAAUCUUGGUAGACGAUUUGCUAGAUGGUUCAAUAUUUCAGCAGGAUACAUUUCAGGAUAUCUCAAAAGUACUAAAUUUCAAUACAGAAUUUGUAGCUGAACUCUGUUCUCCAAGAAAGGAGAUGUGUAACACCAGAUUUGAAUUCACUGUGGAUGACUUAUGUUUCUUAGGGUUGCCAAUUCACGCGGAUCACAAAGGAAGAUGGAAGAAAUCAAAGAAGAGAAAGCAAGCUUCCAAACGUUCGGCUAGAAGUAGCACUGCACGAAACAGUAUUAGUAGAAAUAGUGUUGGUCGAAAUAGUAUUGGUCGAAACAGAUCUAAAACAGAGAGUCAAGGACACAUUAAUGAUGUUGAAGAACCUGCAGAUGAUGAGAAUAGUGAUUAUGAACCAUCCAAAUCAGAAAUGCUUAAUGAAAUGUACUGUGUGCCUGAUGCGGAAAAUGAUGAAUUCGAAAGUUUGCAGCAGAGUAUAAACAUGUUCCAGGUCUGCUUCAUCAUGAACCCAAAGAUCAUAGAAUAUAAUGAAAGAGUCGAUGAUAUGUAUCAUUACGUGGUGACUAGAUUAUCAUUGAUUUUAAGGUACAUACAAGGAAAAACCGGUUAUGUCACUAGGGAAUGCGUGAAAAUUAUGAAGUGUAAGGACGAAGUUUCUAAACACUCUCGAUAUUAUGAGUCUUUAAAAUCUCCCUGGUCUAAAGGAAAAUAUAUGUAUGAAAGAAUUCUUUACGAAUCGUCACUAGCUAGAGCGUUAACAAAAUGUUUCAAUUGCAUCCAUAACAAUGAAAUUGCUAAUCUUGAAAUUGAUGGUGAUAAAAUUGUUUCCUUGCAGAUUCCAAUCAAAAAUGAAUUUUCCAUUCUUCCAAAUUUAAAAGAAGAUGCUGUUCUUCGUGGAUCUUUCUUAUCCUCAAUACUAAACGAAAGUUUUAUUGGUAGAAGCACUAGCUUGACAAACGAAGAUUCAGAUAAUUUGUAUGCCAACCACGACAGGCUUCUAGAUUAUGGAUUGCUUUUGCUCGAUGAACCUGAAAAUAUUAUAAAAGGGCUUGAAAACGCUUCCUUUGAUAACGGCGUUACUGAUUUACUUUUGAUCAACCUUGUAAGACAGUUGAAGCCCACUAUAAGGCUUGGUCAAUAUAAAUUAUUAAUUAAAGAGCUAAUCGAUUCUAAUGAUUCCUCAUAUGAUGAUCAAUUCUGUGAAACUACUUUAAAGUCGUUAUGUCUACAUUUAAUAUACUGGCGUCACGCCCGUUUGAUACUGCCAAUAUCAUCGAGAAACACAUAUAUAGUUUCUCCAUUGGCGCCAAUCUCAGGAUUUUCAACUGAUGACUUCAAACAUGGCGAAUACGACACCUUAAUAAGACAACAAGAAGUUCCUGUGAAUAACAACGAUGAACCGUCGUUGAUAUACCAAAACAAGAAGGUAUUCAAUGAAAAAUUUCCCUCCUUACCUUCUUUGCCAUCGUUCCUUCAACUUAUGUCAACCCAGAAACCCAGACCUUUCGGGCAUAUCAUACCAUCCAAUGAACAUAAAUCUAUGUAUUUGAAUGCCCUGGCAUGGCUCAUGAGGUACGGAUACCUCACUCAAUUAUUGACGUUUGUGUAUGUACGUGUGGACAAGCGCAUUAAAAUAGCUGUCGAUGAGGAUCUAGAAAAGGAUAACUUAAGAUCGAACAAACACGAAAAGUCCGGUAAUUUUGUUACUGGAGGUGAAAAUUAUAACUCCAGUGAGUUUGAUGAUUUGGAGAUGAUCAACGAUAAUGAUUUCACUAUAAUUCUUGAACCAGAACGUAAUACUGCAUUAGAAAAGAGAUGGUUGUACAAAUGUGCUGAGGCAUUACCUACUGAUCUUCAAACGCUAUUUAGACAAGUGGUGAAAUACUUUAAUGGGAAGGUUUCUUUGGAGUACAUUAUGAUUAAGGAAGGUAUUCCUAAAAAUGAGAUAAAAAGAUUGCUUCAGGCCUUAGGUAAGUACAUCGUUGAAGUAAAACACUGGUAA